AGCGUGCCACCCCUCCUCUGCCGAGGGUGGAAACCCCGUGCGGGCCGGCGCGGCGCUCUUUCGGGGAGCCGCCAUUCCGCGAGCAGGUCGCUGGUGAGGCCUCGUUCCGCCGCGGCGCGUGGUGCCUGGGCCCGCCGCCCCUCACCGCCUCGCCAUGCAGAUCUUCGUGAAGACCCUCACGGGCAAGACCAUCACCCUCGAGGUUGAGUCUUCUGAUACAAUAGAAAAUGUAAAGGCUAAGAUCCAGGAUAAGGAAGGAAUUCCUCCUGAUCAGCAGCGAUUGAUUUUUGCUGGUAAGCAGUUAGAAGAUGGACGCACACUGUCCGACUACAAUAUUCAAAAAGAAUCAACUCUUCACCUUGUGCUGAGACUUCGUGGUGGUGCUAAAAAAAGAAAGAAGAAGUCUUACACUACUCCCAAGAAGAACAAACAUAAGAGAAAGAAGGUUAAGCUUGCUGUGCUCAAGUAUUACAAGGUGGAUGAGAAUGGCAAAAUCAGUCGUCUACGCCGAGAGUGCCCUUCUGAGGAGUGCGGAGCAGGAGUCUUCAUGGCUAGCCACUUUGACAGGCACUACUGUGGCAAAUGCUGUCUGACAUACUGCUUCAAUAAACCAGAAGACAAGUAAAUGUACUAGACAAUAAAAAUCUGAAGUUCUUUAUGGUUUAA